AUGGACGAGCUACGCAGGCAACUUGCACGCACCGAGGAGCGCCUCGAUGCAGAGACCAGAAGAGCCACGGCCGCCGAAAAAAGAGCAGCAGACGCAGAAGGAAGGGCAGCAGAUGUAGAGGAGCAUGCAAGAGAGGACGUCCGCAUCGCGCGGGAGAAGGCGAGGGAAGAUGUCCGCAUUGCGCGGGAGCAGGCGAGAGAAGACGUCCGCAUCGAGCGGGAGCAGGCAACCUACUUCGCGACGAAAGGCCUUGAGCUGGCCACGAAGGUCGUGGACAUGCAUGGAAAAUGGGAUAGGAGUCACGUCAAGUCGAUCGAGAAUCCCGUGGCCGGCAGCAAAAGGCCGGUGGUCGCGCUGCUCAACGCUUCUGGCUCCGAAGAAGUGCGGAGCACACACAAUCUUCCUCCUGGUCAGUACCCGCUGGUGUUCAAGAUCGUCGAAGGCCAAGAGGACGAGCACGUCAAGAAAGAGCUCACGAGACUGUGCAACCGAGAGUGUGGCUGCGUGGAGCUGGUCCCUCCGCAGUACUACGCGAAUGGCAUAACGCUACGGGACAGCAUCCGCAAGCGCAUCGACGGAUGGAUCCUGGAGCAGGUCAACGCAGGGAAUGACGUCGGCAUCCAGUUCGCCGACGGGAUCACUGGUGAUGUCGGCGAGUACGUCCGCAACUUCUUUAUCGAGACCGUCAAGAGCUUGCUCGAAACCCCUUCCGACGACUUCCAGCCGCUCGCAGACCAAGCGUUCGUGGACCGCGCCAGCGGAUACCUCGACCAAGAGCAAGAGUAA